AUGAAAAGGUUCCCCAGCUCCGGGAGAAGGAGCGAAGGCACGGACUUUCCUCACCCGCUCAUCUGCGCCCAAGUCCCGCAGUCGCGAGUCCUGGCGGUGGCUGCCUUGGCUCCCUGUUGCUCCGCGGGGCGCACGCUUAAAAGCCCGGUGCAGAGCCUGGUUCUAAGGCCCUGGGGCACACACACACACACACAUACACACACAUGUCCCCUGCUGGGCCAGCAAGUUGCUCCCUCAUCCCUUGACUCUCUUCUUUCUCCCCCCCCCCCCCCAAAUGUCACAGGUGAAGAGAGGAGGAUCCGGGAAUUCUACCAGUCCCGAGGGCUGGAGCGGGGCAGCCAGGCCGGCCAUGAAGACCCUGCCUCGGACCGCGUGGGCCUGCCCUACACCACCUUCGACCAUUCCCGCGCUCAUUAUUACCGCUUCGACGAGCAUGUGACGCUCUGCCUGGAGAAGCAAAGCACCUCUGGGAAGGAGAAGAGCAAACACGUCCUGCAGCAAAAGUACGUCCGCUGCUCCGUGAGGGCCCAGAUCCGCCACCUCCGCCGGGUUUUGUGUUACCGACUGGAGCUGGCCUUGCAAUACGUGCAGAUCCUGUUUGACAACGAGGUGCUUCCGGAUCACCUGACGCUGAAGCAACUUUGGCUCAGCCGCUGGUUUGGCAAGCCGGCCCCGCUGCACCUGAACUACAGUGUGAAGGAGAAGAGGAGGUAGGGGGGGGGCGCGAUGGACCGUGAUGUCCCCCUUUCCCAGAGCUGGUCCCCCUCCCCUUCCCCAGCCCUUUAAUUUAAGGAUCUUUGCUCUUGCACGGGCGUUUAUUUUUGUAAUAAAAAAAAAUGGCCUUCUGGGCUCCAGCGGUUGGC